AGAGGCUGCGACAGGUGGAUGAUGCAUCGAACGCACUUCAGCAUCAAGCACAGCACGACCACGAACGACCGCCCGCAGCGCCCACGAUGCUCCGGCGCCUCUUCGCCAUCGUUCUCGUAUGGUGCUGUCUCGAGCUAGGUGCCGCCGAGAGCACGAUCUGCUCAACGCCGACCUGCCGCCUCCUCUCGGGCGAGCUCUGCGCCCGCGCCACACAUGCCUGCCCCAUCUGCCUCGUCGCCUUGGGCGCCAACGACACGCGAUGCGUUGACGCACUCAACAGCCUCACCGAAGGCAUCGCCAAGGCCGAGUGUCUCCUUGGCACCAAGUGCACGCCGCCGGCGUCGGCACCGACGGCGACACCGGCCAUUGUGCCACUGCGCACCUCACGCAACGAAACCCAAAGCCCGGCACUCAACGCCGAUGGCCCCGGAACACCCGUCGUCGUCACGUCGUCACCAACACCGGCCAACAACGCGACGAUGAUCGUCUCGCCAUCGCCCACGACCGCGUCGACGGCAUCGACGGACGAUGCGUCGUCGUCGUCGCUGAAAAAUUACGUUGGCGUCUCCGUGUGGGCAACAUUUUUGAUUGCAGGCAUCCUCUUGGCGCGGCGCAUGUACCGGCAGACGGAAGCCAUCGACGAUGCGCCGCGGCUCAGCGCCGACUCGAAGGACGGUAUCGCGAUGCUCGACAGCUACCGCCCGUCGAUGGCCAAGUUUUACAGCACGCGGUCCGAUCCUGUGCUCACGCGUGGCCGGCCCCUCGACACGUUCCGGGGCAUGAGCCUCCUGAGCUUGUCGUCGACCAACACGAUGAACAACAACGGGACGCUGCUCGAGCGCGGGUCCAAGCCCGCGGUCGUCAACGUGCCGUUCCACGUCUUUGACGAAGCAGACGAGGAGAUUGCGACGAUGCGGCGACCCAACGACACGUUCAAUAGCAACGCGACGUUCAACAGCAACCACGAUUCGGUCGAAGACGGCGUUUGCUUUGAGAGCAUGCGGACGCGCAUCUCCAACAUGACAAUGAUUGACGCCCAGCACAUCAUCUAGUCGAGAACCGCGUCCUCAUAAACUAUUAUUUAUACUGUCGAUAGAACCAAUGCGUUUGUCCAGUGCCCACUCGAACCGAAACGUGCAAACUCCAUUUUGCAAAGUGCAAACG